UCCUCUUUUCUUCCUUCACCAUGGACGCCUUGACAGCAGCGGCUUGCUAACGUUAGCAAAUAUCCCCGCUUUGACAUGGCGCGAUGGCAACAACAACAGAAAGCAGCUUAAAUGUCAACGUUGUCGUUUAUUAAAAGCUGUCCGUCACUAUGUCCUGCUCCGGAAACCUGGUUUGGGAUGUAAAUAAACGCCUCAUUGGAUACAGCGAGCCCAACAGCAUCAGGACGAACUAUUUAGGUAGAAGAGAGUUCGUUCAGAGGCUUAAACUCGAAGCAACGCUGAACAUACACGAUGGCUGUGUCAACACAAUAUCGUGGAACGACACAGGUGAAUACAUCCUGUCAGGGUCAGAUGACACCUUCCUGUCCAUCACCAACCCGUACAACAAAAAGGUCAAAAAGUCAAUACGGUCCGGUCACCGCGCCAACAUCUUCAGCGCAAAGUUCAUGCCCCACACCAACGACCAGGAGAUCAUCUCCUGCUCCGGGGACGGAAUCAUCUACUACACCCACACGGAGAAGAGCGCCGAGUUCAACCGACAGUGUCAGUUCACCUGCCAUUACGGCACUGCCUAUGAGAUUAUGACGGUACCAAAUGACCCCUACACUUUCCUGUCAUGCGGGGAGGACGGCACGGUGCGAUGGUUCGACCUCCGCACAAAAACCAGCUGCACUAAAGAAGACUGCAAAGAUGACAUCCUGAUAAAUUGCCGGAGAGCAGCGACAUCCAUCUCCAUCUCUCCCCUGAUGCCCUACUACCUAGCAGUCGGCUGCUCCGACAGCUCCGUGCGCAUCUACGACCGACGAAUGCUCGGCACCAGGGCGACGGGUAACUACAUGGGCCGGGGCACGACAGGCAUGUGCGUGAGGUUCGUGCCCACCCACCUGUCCAACAAGUCAUGUCGCGUGACGUCUCUGUGCUACAGCGAGGACGGCCAGGAGGUGCUGGUCAGCUACUCAUCCGACUACAUCUACCUGUUUGAUCCCAAAGAUGACCAGGCCCGAGAGCUAAAGGGGCCCUCGGAGGAGAGGAGGGAGGAGCUGAGGCAGCCGCCAGUGAAGCGCCUUCGUCUACGAGGUGACUGGUCAGACACCGGACCCCGAGCUCGUCCCGAGAGUGAGAGGGAGAGAGACGGCGAGCAAAGUCCCAACGUCUCUCUGAUGCAGAGGAUGUCUGACAUGUUGUCACGCUGGUUCGAGGAAGCCAGCGAGGCUCAGAGCAGCAGAGGGACUCGCCCUCAGUCGCGACCCCGAGGAACAGCUCUUCGCCCCAAUAUUCCCGCUGCAGCUCCAGCUGCCUCUAGCGCCCCAGACAGACCCGCGGGAGCAGAGGCGGCGACACCUUCCCCUGCAUCUUCUUCCUCACCAGAGUCAUCCUCAGCCGCCGGGCUUCCUCCUGCUUCCGGUUCGUCGUCCGUCGAGAGUUCCACGCCACCCUCCUCUACAGAGGCCAGGCCGAGGAGGCAAGCCCCUACGACAGCGGCCACCUCCGAGACGACGCUUUCUGAGUACGGCCCUCAUCGGCUGCCCAUAAGUUUAGUAUGUAGGCGUUUGCAGAGGUUGCUUCGCCUGGCUGAUCCCCCUGGACAGGGGCGGCAAGCGGCCCUUUCUUCCUCUACUUCCUCCUCUGCCUCUGCGCCCCCAGAGGGACAGUCGCAAAGACUGGCUGCCACUGCUACUCCUGAGACGCAUCCCCAUACAGAUUCCCCUUCGUCUGUGGUAAACAAGCAGCUGGGAUCCAUGACUCUCGAUGAGCAGCAGGGUGGAGCGUCCGUGUCACAGCCCGAUGACGCUCUUCUGCCGCCCAUCUGCAGUCAUGCCUCCACCUCCGCUACCAGUCGACCCAGUGCGGCGGAACCGGUGCUCAGCCUGCACUACAGCUCUGAGGGAACCACCACCAGCACCAUCAAGCUGGACUUCACGGAUGAGUGGAGCAGCAGCACAUCCACCUCUCUGGGCAACGGAGGUCACAAAGUGUCUGACGCAGUGCAGAGUCGAGAGAGUCCAUCCACAGAGAGCUCUGUUGUGGUACAACCUCCCCGUGACCUCUCAGGGCCACAGACUGUGACAACCACGAGCACGGAUCCUGCAUGUGAUGCCUCCUGCUCCAGUGACCCCGUCCAGUCGUCCACCCCGUGCCCAGCGGAGGGCUCCUCCUCUAAAGUGGGCGUCACAGAGAGGAGUCCUUCUGACCCUCCGGAGGACACUUCUGGGGACUGCAGGAGACAGGAGCCCCGGGAAGGGGAGGCGAGGACGGAGGUCGGGGAGGGGCAGAGUCAACCGGCGCGGGGGAACCACGACUCUGACGACAGCGAUGACGACCCCAUCCUCAUCCCAUCAACACGUUUCCGAGGACAGGGCCAGAGAUUAAAUUCCAGAGGAUCUGCAGUUGGCGAUAGAAUGAUCAGACGCUCGGCCGCCGCCCGCAUCCAGGAGCUGUUCCGCAGGAGGAAAGAAAGAAGGGAGAUGGAGGAGAGCGAGACGCAGAACAUCAGGAGGCCCUCUGUUAAAAUGGUGUACAAGGGCCACCGCAACUCCCGCACAAUGAUUAAAGAGUCCUGCUUCUGGGGCAACAACUUUGUGAUGAGCGGAUCAGACUGCGGCCACAUCUUUAUCUGGGACAGGCACACGGCCGAGCACCUCAUGCUGCUGGAGGCCGACAACCACGUGGUCAACUGCCUGCAGCCGCACCCUUACGACCCCAUUCUGGCCUCCUCGGGGAUCGACUACGACAUCAAGAUCUGGUCGCCGCUGGAAGAGUCGGCGUCUUUCAACAGGGUGCUCGCUGAUGAGGUCAUCACCCGAAAUGAGCUGAUGCUGGAGGAGACGAGGAACACAAUCACAGUGCCCGCGUCCUUCAUGUUGCGAAUGCUGGCGUCCCUCAAUCACAUCCGAUCAGAUCGUCUCGAAGGCGACCGCUCCGAAGGUUCAGGCCAAGAAAACGAGGACGAGCAGUAAAGUAGAUCGAUAAAUCCUUCUUUUUUUUUUUAAAGAACACUUUUCUUUUUUUUUUUGCAGAACACUUCUUGAGAUUUGUACAAGUGUAGAAUACUUCCUUUUUGAUGUCAUUUAUAGCCCCGCCCCCCAAGCUGUUUUUUUUAAAGACUUUCUUACCGAUGUUCAUGUACAAAGGUGAACUCCAUGUUGGUAAAUGUGUGCGAGUGAACGCAAAAGUGUGUGUCUUAUACAUCAGCUAUGAGAGGUGAGUGGUGUGCAAGAUUGUUAAGUGCAAUAUUAUUAUUAUUAUUAUGUUAGGAGCGAGUUGGCGUAUACGAUUGACGAUUGUUUAAGUGUUGAAUUUCAAGCGAUGUAAACAAAAGGUACUUCAUACUUUUGGUGUCCGUGGGAAAAUA